AUGCAUAUGUUGUCGAUCAAAGCAAGCGCCCAAGCCGACACUUGAGCGGAGGUGAGCAUCGAGUAUCCACUACACCAAUUCACUAUGAUUGCAACGGUUGUUCUGAUUUGUGGCCUCAUGGCCUCGGCCCUCGGCGCCUCAUUCGAGACUCGCCUCGACACCCUCGCCUGCGGGAACUACACCAUGACGGAGGGAACGCGUCUCGUCAUCCAGUCCCCAAACUUCCCCAAAAACUACCCUGUCAAUCAGAGGUGUCAGUGGGAGUUCUCAUGCCCCGUUGAGGCAGACAACUACCUGGACAUCAUCUGCCCGAAGUUCGCCCUCCAGAGCUCCAAGGACUGCGUCCACGACAGGCUCAUCGUCACCUCGCGCGGGCAGAGAGACGUGAAAUGUGGCACCGACUCCCCUGACGGCACCAAGACGUCCACCGGAUGGGCCAGGUUCACCUUCUUCUCCAACGCCGCCAUUACGAACACCGGCUUCCGCUGCUACAUCUGGUGUCACGCCAAGUAGACUCUUGGCUGCAGCAAUGCAUCAAGAGCAAGAUUAUCAGGACUUUUUUGGCUUCUCUUUGGUGAUUUUUAUGGUAUUAUGGUAUGGUUAAAAAUGGUAUCUUUUCUUCCCAUAAACUUCUGCAUCUA